CGUCGUGUGUCUGACAAACAGCUUUCGAAUCUAUUCAAUUGAAAGUACUUCUCACUUGAAGUACGUAAGUGACGGGAAUUUUACGUUUAUACUAUAACAGUUAAGUCCUCGAGAAGUAAGUCCUAAUACACUUUUCGCCUGUGCAGCGGUGCUUUGUUUACGAUUGACACAGCUAGCGGGAAAGUAGACACAUUAGCAUACGAUGAUUGAUACUAUGUGAGUAAAAACGUAAGUUUUUCGUAGGAUAAUUUAAAGUUAUAAUUACCAAUAAAACAAAGUACAAUUUUAGUUUUAAGCUUUUUAAUGUCAUGCCAAAUUGAUAAAAAUGUCUGCUGUGGAAUAUCCCUUUAGAAGAUCACGAAACGGUCAACGAAGACUCGGAAUGUUAAGGAACUGCUAUCCAAGAAAUGUCGUUUUGGGUGCAACCGUUGCACCAGGUAGUUACGGUAAUUGUUUCAACAGAGGUACAGCUCUCACGUUGGAACAAAGUUCGCUUUUCACCAGUAAAGAAAAGAUGGAAAAAUUACGUCAAAUAAGAUCCGAAAAUGCGAAGGCUGCCAAAUAUUAUCAGACUAAGUCUCGAUGUCAUUCUGGUGAAGAGGUUUUAGAUAAUUGCACAGCGUUGAAUUUAAUUCGCGCAGCAGAAACCACCACACGGUACUGCUCUACAGCGCCCUCACUUGGAACCCUAUUUCCAGUGGAGUUAACCACAACCUUUGCAAAUGAAACUAAAGAAGAUGUAAAUCAAAUAUACCCAAGCCCGUCGAGAGAAGCUUCGGCUGAGGGAAAGUCUUAUUUGGAGAAAUUGGCUUGUCAAAGAAACUGUUUUUUGCCACCAGACUAUUAUGCAGGAACCAGAAUCUCAAAGCUUCCAUACAUGAUCAGCACACAAAAAGUAUCCAACUGUAUAAAAUCAACUGGAAUGUCUGGAAUGCCGAAAAAAAUUCAAGACCCUGAAGCUGUGAUACGUCUAGUGAAACAAAAUUCGAAGUUUACCCAGAUGGUUGGCAGUUUAGGUGGAAAUGUUGGACUACAAAGAAUCCACAGCACAAGGCGAAGUUCAUCUGCGCAAAAACCGAAUUCAGAAAAUUCCAAAUAUAUCUACCAAAAGGCUGUUGCUAACGUUAAACGUGUUGCUAACGAUAAAAAAAUUUCGCAGCCAAAACGCGAAGAUUUAAACAUUUUCCCUGAAGAUACAAAACCCAAGUCAAACCCUGUAAUUAUUUGGCCUCGAAGACCUUUGAAUAGUAGCCGAGGUUCGAAUCGGUGGAAAGGUGCCGUAAUAUUUGACCAAGAACCUUUAGGAAUAGUCGGGGCAAAUUGUCAUCUUUCUGUCCCGCUCUCGCCUCGGCCCUCUUCAAAACGUCCAAGGGCUUUUGUCGAAUCAAAACAAAUCUCCCAACCACAACCCCCACGUGGUGGGGCUAGAGCAUCACAUAGCGUUCCUGUCACCCCGCACACGUCACCACGCGCGUACGGAGAUAUCGUGACGUCACAACAAUGUCGUUGUAAAUUAGAUUCCCGAACUGUGAAGUUCAGCUGCUGUGAAAACACAAUCCAUGAGUUUGAAUCCGACCAACCAGUAACUAGAAGUUACAAUGCAACUAAAACUAAAUUACAAUUAUAAGGGAUAAUUUACAACACAACAUUAAUGCAAAACAUAUGUAUGUUAUACUCGAUACCGAUAGUAUGUUACUCCAUAUACGCUUACUGUUACAUACUUACAU